UUCAUGGGCAGACCCUGCGUCGUACCACAGAAGAAGAACAGGACUCGAUCCAUCCUCCAUCUUGUGUUUUGGAAUCCCACAAAAACAUCUCAGAAAGCAACAAACAUCGCAAGCGUCACCCAUCAUGGGAGCCGUUCUGGGCUUGUGCUCCAUGGCGAGCUGGAUUCCUUGUUUGUGCGGCAGCGCCCCCUGCCUGCUGUGUCGCUGCUGUCCGAGUGGGAACAACUCAACGGUGACUCGCCUCAUUUACGCCUUUUUCCUGCUGCUGGGAGUGGGCAUCGCCUGCAUCAUGCUGAUGCCAGGCAUGGAGGAACACUUGAAGAAGAUUCCAGGAUUCUGUGAGGGAGGAAUGGGUUCAUCCAUUCCCGGAGUGGAAGGCCACGUAAACUGUGACGUGUUGGUCGGCUACAAGGCUGUGUACCGCAUUUGCUUCGGAAUGGCCAUGUUUUUCCUUCUCUUUUCUCUGCUCAUGAUCAAAGUCAAGAGCAGCAAGGACCCUCGAGCUGCACUGCAUAACGGAUUUUGGCUUUUCAAGUUUGCAGCGGCUGCUGCCAUCAUCAUCGGAUCCUUUUUCAUUGCAGAGGGUCCCUUCACAACUGUGUGGUUCUAUAUCGGUAUGGCUGGUGCAUUCUGCUUCAUUCUCAUCCAGCUGGUUUUACUCAUUGACUUUGCACAUUCUUGGAAUGAGUCAUGGGUGGAGAAGAUGGAAGAGGGCAACUCUCGCUGCUGGUAUGCAGCCCUGUUGUCAGUCACAGCACUAAACUAUGUGCUGUCUCUGGUGGCUCUGGUCCUGUUCUAUGUCUACUACACCCAUUCUGACGGAUGCACUGAGAACAAGGUCUUCAUCAGCAUCAAUAUGCUGCUCUGCAUCGGAGCCUCUGUUCUGUCGGUCCUACCUCAAAUCCAGGAGUCCCAGCCCAGGUCUGGCCUGCUGCAGUCGUCCCUGGUGACCUUGUACACUAUGUACUUGACCUGGUCUGCUAUGACCAACGAGCCUGACAGGAAGUGUAACCCGAGCCUUCUGGGCAUCAUCGGGCUGAACACCACCACCCCUGAAAGCCAGGACCACGUAGUUCAGUGGUGGGACGCCCAAGGCAUUGUGGGCUUGAUCCUCUUCCUCAUGUGUGUCCUGUACUCCAGCAUUCGAAACUCGUCCAACGCUCAGAUUAACAAACUCACUCUGACUAAUGACGAGUCCGCUCUGAUCGAUGACGGGCCCCAGACGGAGAGCUUGGAGGAGGGUGGUGGCCCCAACCGAGCUGUGGACAACGAGAAGGACGGAGUCACCUACUCCUACUCCUUCUUUCACUUCAUGCUGUUCCUGGCUUCGCUCUACAUCAUGAUGACUCUCACCAACUGGUACAGCCCUGACUCCAACUACGAGGCCAUGACCAGCAAGUGGCCGUCUGUGUGGGUGAAGGUUUGCUCCAGCUGGAUCUGCAUGGCUCUCUACGUGUGGACCCUGGUGGCUCCUCUCGUCUUGGUCAACCGGGACUUUGACUAAUACACACACAAACACCUCCAUCCUCAGCUCGACGUGUGUUUUCUUUCCAGAAAAUGACAUGCUUGUUGUUUAAAGCAGACUAUUUCUUUCUUACUGUUACUCCUCAGCACUGUUGUGAUGUUCCCAUAGUACAUAUUGCAAGUAUAGUACAUUUACUAUGUAUUGUAAGUAUAGUACAAUUACCAUGUGUGCUAUGUAAUGCUCUAUUCACACUUUGUUCUCUAGUAAAACUGUUGCAUGAUUUUUAUCUGACAUGAAUUCAAAUAGUAUACAUAAAACGGAAGGAUGGAAGACUUUCUACAAUAUUUAAAUAUUUCUAAAGUGUUCUUCCAACCAGGUUUGAUCGGCCAGAAGAGGAAAGGGACUUUAUCAAAGUGUCUCAAUACUUUUGUCCCUCGUAUAUGUCACAUGAUGUAUACUGUACAUACUGUAUUAUGGAUACACAAUGAAUUAUUGUCAAUGCUUGUGUGUUAGAAAAUGUAGACACACACACACCCACACACGUGAUGUGCUGAUAGUGAAUGAGUUUUGUUUUGGUAGGAAGCCUUUUGAAGCCUAAGUUAUUUGUUGUUUCCACACUUGAUUUACUUUGACUAAAUGUAUUCUAACCUCAUCACAUAAAAACAAAUUUUGUGUUUGAAUAAAAAUGAAAAUGAC